AUGCCUUUAACCAGGAAGAGACGCUCGGUGAGUCCUUAUAUUGUGUCGUUUCCGUCUGGAUCUGCACUGACAGACGCGAUAGCAACCAGAAGACGAUUCUCCAGACGGCUCGCCAGAACCGCAGACUCAACGGCGCCGCACGACGCAUGCAUCGGACGAAGAGAACUAUGGCGAAGGUCCGAGCGCGUCGACACAGGCCGGUGAUGUCGAGGAUAUGGGAAGAAAACUAGUUCGGCUGGCAUUGGCAUGCGAGUAUCAGCGGAAGCCGAUCCGAAGAGCAGAUAUCGCCGAGAAAGUGCUUGGAAACAACAUCAAACAGUUCAAGGCCGUGUUUGCUUCCGCGCAGCUACAUCUGAGGCACGUGUUUGGGAUGGAGAUGUACGAACUACCGGCCAAAGAGAGGAUCACCGUGCAACAGAAGCGAGGUAGGCCACAGACAAAACUCAACAGCGUUUGAAAAGCGCUGACAAUAGGAAAAGCUGCCCAGAAAUCGGGAUCUCAAUCGAAACCGACAUCAACGUCAUGGAUCCUGGUGUCCAUACUGCCGUCUGAGUUCCGGAAUCCGGGCAUCAUACAACCGCCGUCAGCGCCUACAAGCGCAGACGAGAGCAAAUACACGGCUAUCUACACAAUCCUGGUGUCCCUGAUCCUCCUAUCCGGCGGCAACCUGCCAGACGCCAAAAUGGAACGGUACCUGCGAAAACUUGGACUUCAAGACAAAACACCCAUCAAAGACUACGAGAUGACGGAAAAGCUCAUGAAGCGACUUGAAAAGGACGGCUAUUUGAUCCGCGUUCGGGAGAGCCACGGCACGGGAGAAGACGAUGUGUACUGGAUUGUUGGUCCCCGGGGCAAAGUCGAGGUGGGCGAGAGCGGCGUGCGUGGACUCGCGACGACGGUCUUUGGCGACAUGGAAACGGAGGAGGAUGAGGCGGACCUAGACCGGAAGAUUCUGAGAUCCUUGGGUCUGAGUGAGGCUCCCCAAUCAGGACAGGGAGCGGAGCGACCACCUGCAGAAAAGCAACCGAAACCGCAAAAGCGAAAGAAAGGCAAGAGGACCAGGGACGAGCAAAAUGACGAAGACGACGAAGAUGACGAGGAUGACGAGAACGAGGACGAAGAUGGGUGA